AGAACCGCCUCGUCCCUGCCCUGGAAGAAUGAUUAAAAAAAUGAAACAGGAGAUGCUGAAGCGGGGAGAGCUCACCGAGGAGACAUAUGCCUAUUGGGGCCGAUGAAAACGAAAGCGGAACGAAUGCUUUAUGUUCCGCCUGAGGAGUACGUUCCGGAUACUUCCUCGGAAGAUACUUCCUCGGAAGGAACGACUUCCCCGGGACGCGAGCAAGGUGCCGGUGUCAUCAAGAAAAAGACUGUCGGUACUGGUAAGCGCGGCCGUCCUCCCGGAAGCGGCAAGAAAUCAGUGAAGUCACUGUCAUCUGGACGCGGUCGUGGACGUCCUCCGGGAAGCGGGAAGACUACACAUGAAAAACGUGGACGUUCCGAGAACAACGCUGCUCCGCAAGAAGGAACUGGGUGAAGAUUACCUACAUCAGCACGGGCAUAUUUUGUGUUGUAUUCAGAAGAACGGUAUGAUGCUUU